AUGAGAGAAAAGCCUUGUGAACAUGGAGCGGCUAAAAUUUCCGAAAGAAGUUUUGCCUGCGCUGCAAUAUACGAUAAUAUGCGCGCAGAUGUAUUUCAUUAUUUUUGGCAACUCCCUACAUGGGAUGCUAAGAAAGCCUACGUAAACGGCCUUAUCCAACCAAGGCAGAUUGUUCGCCGUAGAAAUGUCCCGCCUGAUGUUAAUAAAAAGAAUUGCGGGUUUGAUUGCUAUUUACCGGGGCUUAACGGUAUUAAACUACGUGUUUGCAAGCAGUUAUUUUUAGCCACAUUAGACUUAAAAGAAGAUGUUCUACAGUUGUGGAUAAGGUCGAAGUUCGACAUUGAUGUAACAAAUAGUGGAGCGAUUAACAUAGUCAGAAGAGUAGCUGCUGAUAUUUCUAAUCGGGCUGGUACCAGGGUUCUUAGGUCUGAGUCAGUUAUGAAAUGGCUUGAAAUAAUACAAAGGUACCCAGUCAUUACUGCUGAAGCAACACUAGUCGUGUUUAUGUGGAAGCGUCUUUCGAGUCAAUGA